AUGGGACGCAAGCAGUAAACUCACACACACACACCCGGUUCAUUCAACAUCCUUUAAUUGAAUAUUGCUGCCGGUUACUGUACAAUGCGGGCGUGAAGCGGAGGAAAGUCAGAAGAGUGUGCUUGGUCUGGAUAAAUAAACUUCAUCAAGUCUGAAAACUCUCCGAAGACUGGAGGAUCUUCAAGGCGCAGUGAUGGUGAACAGCCAGGUCCCGGGCGGUGUGUGCGUGUCCCGCUCAUGUGCCGGCUGCGGGGGCCGAAUCUCGGACCGAUUCUUGCUGUUCUCCAUGGAGCGAUACUGGCACUCCCGCUGCCUGAAGUGCUCCUGCUGUCAGGCUCAGCUGGGGGAGAUCGGCUCCACGUGCUACAGCAAGAGCGGCAUGAUCCUCUGCAGGACUGACUACAUCAGGUUGUUCGGGCACACGGGAGCCUGCAGUGCGUGUGGCCAGUCCAUUCCUGCCAGUGAAAUGGUCAUGCGGGCACAGGGAAACGUUUACCACCUCAAGUGCUUCUCCUGUGCAACGUGCAGAAACCAGUUGGUCCCCGGGGACCGGUUCCACUAUGUAAACGGCACCAUAUUUUGUGAACACGAUCGUCCCGGAGCGGCACUUCUCAACACUCACCUGCAGAGCAACCCAGUGCUGCCCGACCAGAAGGUUUGCUGAAGAACUCUUCAUCUCUGCUCCUCUCACGCACUUAUUUUUACAGCCUAAGACUCUAAUGAAUGAGACGCUCCUUUGGGCUGAUGGAAACGUUUCUGUAUCUCAGACUUCAGAUGAAGCCGCGGUGGAUCCUGCAGUAUCUCUCAUGCUGAUAUCGUGGCCCCCGAAAACAGAAGUAGCGUGUCUAUUUUCACACAGGAUAUCCUGCCUGAAUCGUGUCUAACCUCACAGAGAAACCAUCAGCGCUCGCCUGUUUUAAACUCUGCUCACUUAGUUUUCAAUUACACGUGUCGGAUUUGUUUUAAACAGAAUUUUUUAUUGAUAAUGUACAGCUGAAGUCAGAAUUAAUCGCCCUUCUGUAUAUUUUCCUCCAAUUUCUGUUUAACGAAGAGAAGAUUUUCUUUCAACACAUUUCUAAUCAUAAUAGUUUUAAUAACUCAUCUCUAAUAACUGAUUUCUUUUCUCUUUGUCAUGAUGACAGCACAUAAUAUUAGACUAGAUAUUCUUCAAGACACUAGUAUUCAGCUUAAAGUGACAUUUAAAGGCUUAACUAGGUUAAUUAGGGUAAAGUUAGGGUAAUUAGGCAAGUCAUUGUAUAACAGUGGUUUGUUCUGGAGACAAUCCAAAACUAAUAUAGCUUAAGAGGGCUAAUAAUAUUGACCUUAAAAUGGCUUUAAAACAAUUAAAAACUGCUUUUAUUCUAGCCGAAAUAAAACAAAUAAGACUUUCUCCAGAAGAAAAAAUAUUAUAGGGAAUACUGUGAAAAAUUCCUGAAUCUGUUCAACAUCAUUUGGGAAGUAUUUGACAAAGAAAACAAAAUUCACAAGAAGGUGAAUAAUUCUGACUUCUCCUGUAUAUAUGAAGUAGGCAUGCGCCAAAUUCGUAAUUGAUAUAAAUGUAAAAACUCUUACAAAAUUACUUUAGAUUAUUUAAUUAAAAAAUAAAUAAUAUGACAAAGCGUUUCUGCCUAGGGCAUUCAGAAUAUUCCAACGCAGGCUCAUUACGGAUACGUACCCAGGUCUACAUUUCUGGGGAAAUCAAAAUGUGUAACCGGAGGUGCGUCUGCUCGCAGUUUUUGUGUUUGCAAAUCCACCAGAGGGCGCUGUGUAUGCUUUUUGAUGAUCUCAAAUUCCUCUUGAGCGUCCUCUUCUUGUGUAAAUCCACCAGAGGGCGCAAUAUACACUUCAGCCGACCGGGCCAGCUUGCUGUUGACUGAUUGACUGAAAUCUGGUUUAUACUUUUGCGUUGAGUGAUCGGCGUGACCCACGGCGCCUGCGUUGUGUGUAGUCGUGCAUUUAUACUACUUUGUGCUGUUUGUGUUGCUCUGCAAUAGCACUUCCAAAAACGCUAGCUGGCAGCAGGAUUUUAUGUUCCUCUGUGUCGAGUUUCUUUGUGAGUGUUUAGUUUUUCCUAACACUUAAUGUACAAGUAGCUCAAACUCGCUCAUUCAGAGGCGGGAACCGGCAGACGUGCAACAACUUUAAUCAUAAGGUGAACAGCUGUUUCCAUCUGGAGCUCCUUUACGGGACUUGACACUUGUGAACACUUGCUCCAUCAGGCUCUCUGCACCGCCCAUUCUCGUAACGGCUAACAAGCCGACCAAUCACAGAGCUUGCGCUAUGCGUCAUUGCGACGUGUAGUUACAUUUUUUUGAGAGGUGCGAGUCAGUGUCGGCAUCAGCCAUGGCGAGGGCUAUGUGACCGUGUGAAGGUUGCGCCAAAUCAUAUGCGUGCGCUUGACGCAGUAGUAUAAAUCAGCCCUGACCGACUGACCCACCCACCCCUUUCCAUAAACCCAACUGGUAAUGUUUUCAAAAGCAAUCCAGAAAAAAAAGCCGUCACAGCUACGUGAUCUUACCACAUUAUCAGCCUGUUGUUUAUUUUAUUUUUUAAUCUUUUGUUUUACCUGGUUUCUGGAACUGUUCUUCACCCGACUCAAACUAAAUUGUCGCUGCCAACUUCGCUUCGCAUCCCAAGUUCACCGACGUCCGCGACGAGUUACUGCACUGAAAAAACGAAUUCAAAGAUGAUUCCUUGGAUUUACUAAAUUUUUUAACGUUAAGUGGUUGUAAACAAUUUAUUUAGGCUGAAUUUAAACAAAUUAAGUUGAACAUUGUUAAAUUAAAUUUGUUUGUUUAAAUUCAACACAAAUAAAUUGUAUGCAACACCAGAAAAGCUGUCCGCAUGGAGGUAAGCGGUCAGCUGGUAGCGCUAAAAUGAACGGAAGCCGACAGCAGGGUCAUGCCACCCCGUAGCAUUCGUUUUAAAGACGAAAUGCAGCCAGACGUACCUCUGGGUACAUAAUUUGCACUCUCUAAAAAUGUAGACAGGGGUACGUAUCCACAAUGAGCCUAGGUUGCAAUAUUCAGUUUCGGUCCACAGUUCUUAUUUCACUACAUGCCUAGCUUCAAGAUCUGAAAAGUGACAGAAUUUGCUUAUUUUAUAUACAGUCAAGCCCGAAACUAUUCACACCCCUGAUCAAGUCUGACGUUAAGUUUUUGUUCAGAUGUAAAUAAAAGCUAAAAAUAGAUUUUUUUUUUCUCCACAAUGAUGCCUCUUGUACAUCGUCUUAUCUUUUGGGAGACGUCUAUGUCAUGUCUGCUAAUAAAUAAAUAAAUAAAUAAAUAAAUAAUUACUUGCUGGUUGAAUAAAAGUAGCUUUUUAAUGCCUCAUUCACACUAGCAGCCACUGUGUAGCUGCCUUUCGCUCUGAGUGGCGUCCUGCUGCAAACGCAGGUCUGUGUAGCUUCACAGCACAGAGAAUACAAAAAAAGUGACCCUGUGUCUGUGUGUAUGUUUAUAUGUUAAACACUGUGGUUUGAAAUGUUCACAUGUUUUUAUUUCUUACAUUAAGUUUGAAUUAUGAUGAUAUUUAGUUUCUUUUAUUUUGAUACUUUCUUCUUUUAUAUUUGCUCUCCUAUUUCAAGCUUUGGCAAUAUUGGAUCAUUCACAGUCAUGCCAAUAAAGCAUUUUUGAAUUGAAUUGAAUACAACCGGCCUCUGAGCGAGCUGAGAGAGGAUCACAUGAGCUCUUCUGCUGCUCUUAUUGGCUGUCACACAAAGUUGCUCCUCAUUUGCAUAAAGUAGGAGGAUUCUCAGCUUUGUCGUGUUGCUCGACACACCCACCUGGUCACUGUCGCUCACGUAGAUGGAGGUCACCGGAAGUCGCUUCGCUGCUGCUAGUCGCUCGUAGUGUGAAUGAGGCUUGAGUCAGAAUUUGACGAGUAUGAAUAAUUAUGAAUAUAUUUUUCUUGUGUUCAUUUCAGCAAAUUUGGUCUUUACAUUAGCUCAGUUCAUGCUGAUGUCACGUUUUCCAAACCAU